GAAGGUUAUUGUGGUAGUGGUGUAGUGUGUGGGAAGUGGUCUACCAUUGUCUUGUGUCAGCUUGUGGUUAUGUGUGCCAUGUACCCGCUGUAGUGCUGUGAGGUGCCACAGUUCCUAAGGAGCUUCACUAUGACACACUUGCCAUACCCUCUGACUAGCUGCCUACAACUGAAGCUUAUGUGGCCUAUCGGUUCACUUGGUGGUAUAGCCCGGCCACAUCAGUGACGCAGAUCCAAAACAGUCCAAAUCUGAUGCCAGUGUUUAAUGAGCUAUGUAAUAGGACUCCUGUUUGUGGUAGAAGUGUAACGUGAGCCCCUGUAAUGUCUCGUCAUCUCCAGGUGUGCUAGAACCUUAGGAGUUUACCUGUGCCACAAGUGCCUGUGUCACGUUUCUAAGUUGGCUGAAUGGAACGUCUGCUGCUCACCAGGGCUAGGUCUUAAUCCUCCACCCCAUGGGUGUACAUGUACCUAAGGUCUUUGUCAGUCUGCCAUGGUGUACAUCUAUGUACUUUAGUGUACUAUACCCAUAGAACCCCUCAGUGUGACAUACAUAGGCAGACAGUUUUAGGGUGGUAUGUUCAAGCUAUUUGACGGUGAUUGCUCGCCGUCGGCGUUCUUGACCUCGUGCUUUCGGACUAAACCACGGCAAUCUUCCAGUCACACGUUUGACUCGGAUCACGAGGAAAGCAGCAGCGAGGAUUCCUCAGAUGAUGAUACAACAACAGCACCUGCGACGAGGGCGGCAAAGGUCAAAGGUGGCUCUGGCCAGAAUGGACCACUGAAAAAGGUGAACUCGUUUGGGAUUGGUGAAGAUGAGAUAGAUGACACGUCCUCUAGUGAUAGUGACGAUGAUGUAUUGGAGAAGUACCAGGAGGUGAAGAGGUCAGCCAGUACACGCAGCAUCAAGAAUGUCAAGUCUCCCACCACCCUACAGCCUUCAGGCUCAGUGCGCUCUGUGGGUAAAGUUUCUAUCUCAGAGAGAUCCAAACAUGAUGAGUCCAGUGUGGUGGGAAGCGCAGUUGGGAGUAUGGCAGGGAGCGAGGUGGAGGCAGAGGCCAGCAGCCUGGAGGGACCCUCCUCUCCCCACAGCCACUCAGGCACCCAGUCCCCGACAGAUGCUGUCCUGUCCUACCAGAAUGAGGGCUUCCAGCAAACCUCCCCGACCCACUCCAUGGCCAGCGAGGCUCUGUCAGGGGAAGGCAAGGGACUCGGUUCAGAUGAACACCUGUUUGAUGUGAGUGACCUCCAGCAUGAACCUCCGCUUAUCUCCAAAUGUGGCAGCCUUGAAGUCACCUUCCAGUAUGACGCUAAGCAUGCCAGCAUGAGCAUCACCAUCUUACAGGCGCGCGAAGUACCAGCCAAGGAGCGUGGCGGUACCAACCACUCUCAAGUCCGUCUGCUUCUCCUCCCAACCAAGAAACAGAGAGUCAAGACCAAGGUUAGGACAGGUGAAAACCCUGCUUUUGAUGAGACCUUUGUCUUCAGUAAGAUAAAAAAAGAGGAUGUGAACAACAUGGGCGUCCGUUUCCGACUGUAUGGUGUGGAGCGGAUGAGACGGGAGCGGAUGAUUGGUGAAUGUGUGGUAGGCUUUGGCUGUCUGAACCUGGACAUUUCCUCCACUCACUGGGUUGUGCUGGAGCCAAGAAGUAACCUCAGUCAUGGAGAUUCCAAGUUUGAUGUCUCGAGUUUGUCACGGAGUGAGAGCGGGUCUUCCACUCAGUCCAUGCAGCAUGGAGGAAUGCCCGAGCUUCUGUUAGGGCUCUCAUACAACGGCACUACAGGUCGUCUCUCUGUAGAGGUCCUCAAGGGAAGUAACUUCAGGAAUAUGGCAAUGAACAGGGCACCAGAUACCUACGUGAAAUUGACAAUGAUGUCACCGACUGGGCAGGAAAUAGCACGCAGUAAGACCUCCAUCAGGAGAGGACAGCCCAACCCGCUUUUUAAGGAGACUUUCAUGUUCCAGGUGGCUCUGUUUCAAUUAGCAGAGGUCACCCUCAUGGUGUCUGUUUAUAAUAAACGCAGUAUGAAGAAAAAGGAGAUGAUUGGCUGGUUUGCUUUGGGUCAGAACAGCAGUGGUGAGGAGGAGAUGUCUCACUGGGCGGACAUGCGGGAAAAUAAGGGGGAACAGGUGUGUCGCUGGCAUGUUCUUCUGGAGUCCUGAGUCCAGAGAUGAGAGUUCAGUCGCAGAAGAGUAACAGAAUGGCUGAUAUUGUCUGAAUGAGCGAUUAAAAGUGAGCUUUGGUCUUGGAGAAUCUGCGGCCAUUGGCUGAAAGUUACAACUCAUCCAAAUCUGGUGCAAAUUUUUGAUAAUGUUUCAAGGAUAGAAUCUUUUGUGUCUCUGUAAAAGUUUUUAGCUAUGAUAUUUUUUUGGACAUAAAUACCCUAUUGAUAGUAGGAUUUUUCCUGUUCAGUUCCAAAUCACUGUCUUUGUAAGAUACUCUUACACCUCAAAUCAAGAUAGGAGGACAUCGUGUAAAUUUGGAGAUUAGUUUUCAGAAAACUUCUUGUUGACAAAAGAAUUUAGGACAGAUCGGUUGUGAAAACUGUGACAAAGGGAGACAAUCCUUCCACCUGCUCUGUUGAGGAGAUGAUCUCUUCCCAAACAUUGUACUAUACCACAUAUACCUUGUUCAUUUGAUCAGGAAUAUGUAUAUUUGGGUUAAUAUUUUAUGGUAUGCCAAAAUUAACUGUUGAACUUUGUUCUCAUUUACAGUGCUGUAAUUAAUAGUUGAAGAUUUAAAAAAGAAGGGCAAUUGUUAACUCUCAGCAUCUCUGUUAAGUAUGUUUAUGUAAUUUAAAUGUACUGUGGGAAAAUAUUUAAAAGAGUAUGACUACUAUUUGACUGUUUUUUUUAGCACUUUAUUUAUUUUAUAUUGUAUGAUUUGACCACUGCAUGAUAGCAGUGGUAAUAUUGUUGCUGAACAAAGGUAUAUUUAUGGGAAUAAAGUGAAAAUGUACUGGCUGCAUUUUCCCUCCGUAUGUUGAUGUGAUCUCCUCGACACCAAGUUGUCUUCAGCAUAUAGUGUCUAUACUGGGUAAAUAUGGUAAGUCACAUCAAUGCUAUGGCCACAUUAGACUUCCCGCAAUAUUACCAAAUGAUUAUAAAAAGAUAUACAAUAUGUAAAGAUAUACAAUAUGUAAGAAGUGGCAGAAUUUUACCUGAAAACUGAUUAAUUUGAAAGCAGUAGCUCUUUAAAAUUAUCAGGGCUUUCAGCAUAAUAUGGUAAUAUUUCAGAAGGGAUGUGCUGUUGACAUCCUAUAAACAUAUUUCACGGUAAGGCUGCUUUAUAUUGACAUUUUUAAUUCAUGCACAUUGUCAGUGCUGACAUUUGAUAGAUCAGGAUGUAUAACUGUUUCAUCAUUGUCUAAAGCAGGCUUAUUUGGGAAAAGGGUCUCAACCACCCAACAUCUGUUACCGGUUAUCUGUUACUCAUUUAAACAUCUGUUGCCAGAUAUCUAUUACUCAUUUAAACAUCUGCUAUGUUUUUUUGAAGAUUUCAAGUACUGAAAGAUACUGUAAUCUCUUUUUAACUUGAAGUUUUACUGUGUAUGGUGUUUAGUUAAAAUAUCUAAGAUCUGUGAACAUCAGUUUACAAACUGUUUGUGAUUUUGUUGAAAUUUCUACUGGUAUCUUUGGCAACUCUCACUUAUAUGUUUGAUGUGUGAUGAUUGAAACAAAUAUUCUUGUUAACCGCUUUGUUGGUUUUGGCCUAUUUUGUACUUACUAAAUAGAGGUACGUGUAGGUAAUGUUCAGAAAUGCAUAUAUGAUGUAUAGAUGUCUAUUUUUUGUAUCAAUGUUAACUUGGCACCUUUAUUUCUACAUGUGAAAUGUACCUGUACAGGCUGGGCUUAAAUUGGUCAGAUUUACCUGGCUAUUUGACACACCUUAUCACUUGCUCAAUUUGCCCACUAGGCGACUGCACAUGCACAGGCGCAUGUGCAUCCAGCUUCUUAAUGGCUAUUAUAUUUACUAAGCUAUCCAUAAUACACAUUUUAUGCUAUAUGUUUAUGAACAAAUUCUAGAUCUGUGUAACAUUAUAACUACAUGUACAUUCAAGUAGUAUUACACUCUAUAUACAGUAUGAGGUCCAUUCAAGUAAUGUUUAUCAAUGCCUAUAUUGUUAGGCCACACUUACUUAGCUUGUUGUUUUAUGAGUAGAAUAAAUCUUUCUCCAAUGUCAAGAGGAGGGUAUAAAAACAAAGCAUAAGUUAUCUGAUUAGUGGGAAGUGUAUAUUGUCCCAACAAUUUUUCCUGUCAAAGACAUAACAGUUUUUACAUACACAUAAUUGGAUAGUUUUGAAAAAAAAAAACAGAGAAAAUGGAAAGAUGAAUUUUCAGUUUUAUUUCAUUUUAGGACUUUUUAUUUUUGGCUUGCCCAUAGAACACAGCAAAAAAUUGGAAUUGAAUUGAAAAUUCAUGAUAGAUCAGAGAGUAACAGUGACUGGCUGUGUUACAAAUUAUACUUAUAAUGACACUGCUGAUCAAGAGCAAAUGUUAAUCACAAGAAUAAGAAAGAGGCAAGAGUUUUCUUACUUACUGGUGUACAUGUACAUGUAAGGAUCCACUGAAGGAUAACAUGUUUAAUCCUUGGACAUGGUUGUCAUGUCAUAUAUGUUAUAUGGUUAUUGAGCUGUGCUAUCCAUGAUCCAUGACACACAAAAUGACAGUUACAGUUAAUGAGCUGAAAUUUCGCCCAUUGCUAUGUUGCAUGUUUUGUCUGAUUCUGAUAGUUCUGUCGAUCUUAGAAAAAAAUGUUUUAAGGUAUGUUUGGUGGCCCUGAAAAUGCCAGUUUUGGGACACAGUUUUAACUCAUUUAACGUAGUGAUGUAAAUGUUUUCAGCGUAGCUUGUUGAAAAAUUUGUGAUCACAAUGAAUGAGGAUAUUCAUAUUUUGCUUUGUACCUUAAAAAAAAUUAGUGCAGUUGAAACAAAGUAAUUACUGCAAAAUGCCUGUUACUCUGAAUCAUUGACCUAGUCUACCUGCAGUGAAGUAAGCUAUCACAUGUUGGUACAGGUAUAUGUAUUAUGUUUGACUAGGAAAAUAAUGAUGAAGUUCUAAUAAAAUUAGAAAGGAUUUCUUUCAAAGUAAUUCUAAAGUUACCGUGUAAGCCGAAAAAAUUCAUAAAGAUGAUUUGUGUACAAAGCUGUAAAUAUAAUCGUUAUGUUUGUGUAUAUUUGGUCUAUACACCUGAUAUACCCAUGAUGUUCUGGUUUAAUGCCUCUGUACCUCAUCUGUCUUGUUAACUUACUAAAAUCCUCCUGGAUUUGUCCACUCAUAAUCCCUCUCCUUUUUGUAAUCACUUUUCUUCACGUUUGAGUUUUAAUCACAAAAUACACUUUAUUGAAUCAA